ACAUCGAAACUUGACGCAUGAUGGUAAUGAUGCCGAUGAUCUACAGAUUUGAUUCAUGCAUCACAGCGAAUCAUAUCGCAUGAUCUACCGAGACGUAUGAUGUAAAUUUCACGACCGGUUCCGCGCGCUGAACAAAAAGAAGCUCGGCGAUCAUGCUGGGCGUCAAAAGAAGUUGAUGAUAGUGGCUGUGAUCAUGAUGGUUUGGUUCGAACCGUGACUGUGGCGCAACAUCAACGUAUCGAUUGUGGCCUUGAAAUGUCUAAACAAUAGUACUAUUGACCUGGCUUAAAAGCAAGCCUCGAUCUGCAUUUGCUUGUCUUCAACGAGUUCGCUAACAUAUUUCUCAUGGUCAAUACUCCUGGCGCCACUGCGCCAAAGACACCUCCCCACGGCGUCGACGCUGUCCCCCAGCUCAAGUCCACCCCAAAUGCAGUUGGUUCUGCUGUUGUCAGCGAACAUAUCAGUACUCUAGGUGUCGACGUCCACGAUAUCCGUCCAUGGAUUACGCGGGACGUUCAGGACUUCAGCAGAUGCGAGUUCGAUGAAAUGCUGCGGGAGCUCCUUUAUCGCUGCAGAGAUCCCUCAAAAUCCCCUCCGACUGACAAGUCGACACUACUUAACGAUUCCUUCCAAGCCGUCCUGCCCCUCUGCAACCAGACCAGCGCCGCUCAGGACAUCAACAAACAUUUGUCUGAUUUUGUCAAAUGCACUACAGAAGUGCCCUCUUACGCGCCUUUUAUCCGAGCUGCCAAUCGUGCACUCCUUGAACUGAGCGACCUGGACGCGCCCGGAUUACUUUCUUCCAAGACUCACGACGACUCUAAUGAUAUCUUAUUUCAUCUAAACGACCCGAUGUUCAUGAAACAAACGCACCAAGGCGCAGAGGCCAGACGUAAACCUGACGUCGUCAUCAUCUCUCGCGAGAGCGCUCGGCACGUGCGGAAGAAUGGAAAGGACUGCACCAAGGAACACAUGUACGGUGAACUGGCGUGCCGCAAGCCCGAUGUCAACUUUCAAUGGACGGGCGUUCGAUCGAUACUGGAGUUCAAGCGGACGAAGACUCGCCUGCAAACUCCGCCUUCGACUUACACAGUGAAGGAUUACGAUGCCUCUGACCAGAAGUAUAUGGAAUAUCACAUUCGGAAUGAAACGAGCGACCCCGCUGAGCCAGCAGGCUCAACGCCGGCACCUGCCGACGGUCCCACUCAGAGCUCACACGAAACAUCGAAUGCACAACCUCCGACUCAGUCUGGGCAAUCUAAACGCAAAGGAGACAAGAAGCGUACUUCUGGUCAUUUAGACUCCAGCGAGCCCAGCAGCAAGCGACCCAAGAGCAACAAUGAGAACCAAGGCAAUGAGAAGGAGCCGAAAAGAAUUCAUCCCAUCGUCCAGAAUGGCGUGUACGUCGCGGAGUUGUUCGCGGCUCAUGUUGCUCGGCAGCACGUCAUCUCCUGUGUGGUGAAUGACGACAUGCUUUACCUCUGGUAUUUUGAUCGGCAAAAUGCAAUUCAAUGCUCUGGCAUCAACUUCGUUCAGGACCUUCCCCGCUUUAUGGUCUUGCUGCUCGCCAUGCAGCGAAUGGCAUACGCGCACUGGGGUUAUAAUCCGGUAUUCGAGCGUGAGCCUGGAUCUUCGGGCGAGAUUCACCACGUCGAGGAUCCAAAACAUGGCCUAGUCGACCUCAAAUUUGACUUGAAGUCGGACGAUCGCACAACUCACUUCGGUCUGCGCGGACGCGCAACCACCGUCUUUCCAGUGGAGAGCAUCAAGUUAUCGAGUCUGCUAUCGGAUUCUCAUAACACAAGCAGCGAUCUGGUUGCCAAGCUGUAUUGGCCAGAAGAGUCGCGUGAGAGCGAGCCCGAGAUACUCAAGAAGGUGUAUAAGAUUGCGGAACGCGAGAUGAAGGUGAAGGGUCACGUCCCAGAUAUGGUUUGGUUCCACAAGUUUGAAGGAACAUCCACGGCGAACAUCCGGAAGGCGCUAGGAAUGGACGAUGCUGAACGAGGCAGUCGCGUCCUGUACAUCAUCGUAUUCAGAAAACUUAUCCCCAUCACGAAAUUAAGCGGGAUGGAGUUCCUCACCGCAUGGUGGCAAGUUGUUGUCUGCCAUCAUGUCCUUUGGGAAAACGGCGUCUACCACCGCGACGUCAGCCCAAGCAAUCUCAUGGUAUUCAAGACCUCGGAUGGUCGAUGGAUUGGCGUCCUCAACGACUAUGACCUAUCAUCGACUACACACGAUGGUCCCAGAGGCAAAGAACGCACAGGGACAGUACCUUUCAUGGCGAUCGACCUUCUCACACAAAAAGCUCUUGAAGGCAAAGUUGACCACCGGUACCAACAUGAUGCUGAAUCGCUCAUGUGGGUCCUUGCCUGGGUCUGCCUUCGGUAUGAAGGUGGCGAGCUCCUGAGCAAGGGCAGACCCCUCGAUGACUGGCUGAGAGUGGACGCUAUUCGGUGCAGGGAGAAAAAGACUGACUUUUUGUUUGUGAGGCUCAGGGACGACGAUCUGCGUCCGUCGGCAUCACACCAAGAGAACUGGACAGUUGCGCGAUCUUGCCUUCUCAAAUUCGCCUCGUUCUUCUUGGGCCAAACACCCACACUGGAAAAUGAGUUUGUAUUUCAGACGUGGCUGCUGGAAAAGAUACCAGAUGAGGCAAAGAUACCACCGUCGUUCCAAGACUAA